UUGUCUGUUUGUCAACAGGUAAACACUAUUACAACUGAGUAAGACCAGUGACAAUGUAGACAAUAUCGUGUCAGUUUUAUCUGGGAUUUCCUCUCCAAUAGUGUGAAUUACAGGAAUUCCGUAUAUAUAUAUAUAUAUAUAUAUAUAUAUACUGGUGAAUCAAUACAGAUACCAAGGACGACAUAUCAAGGGAACGGAUCUCUGAGUAUUACUUUUUGCAAAAGAUUGACUAAAAGCAUCAUAGCUACCGUAAUGCACACACGAACAACGGUGUGCUGGACAUUAGUACUUAUUUGUGUAGAAUUGAUGUUUGCUGAGCCUGCCGACCGGACUGCCAUGUCCUACUGUAGCUUUGAACAGAAGACCGCCGGAAAGUAUCCCAACUACUAUCGUGACGUCCCCAUCAUACCUAUGGUGAUUGUGUUAGAUAAAACAAACAAUAGCGAAUGCGUUAUCAAUUCUACCGAAAUAAUCCAGGCUUAUAAUUUCCCUGAAAAUCAAACAGUGGUCGGGUAUUUUUUAUUCAAGUGUCAGACCCGGUUAAAGAUACUCUUUAUAGACACGGAAUCACAACAGAACGCCUUCCCGAACGUAAUAGGGUAUCUGCAAGUCCGCGACUGUAUUAUUGACAACAGCAUGGAUCUUUUCGCGAGCAUUGUUGACAUGCGAGUGUAUAUCUUUCGUGAGAGAACUGGAUUCGCCAUUGAUGGACCCCCAUCGUCAUACUAUAGUAUCAAUGACAAAACAGUAAGUCUGGGAAUUAAUGACAUAGACGUAUCGAAUGGAAUGGAGGCACGUAGCAUUUUCAAACAUAAAUCAGCGUAUCCUCAUCUUAAAGAGGUGUCCCUGUCAGGGUUAGAGUUACAGGAAUUCCCAAAUAAUUUGAAAAACAAAUUUCCAAAUCUGGAAUCGUUAGAAAUGCCAAACAAUUCCCUAACAAAUCCGCCAUUGGAGUUCCCGUGGAACGACAACACAUCCGAACUCCCGCUAAAUCUCUCAAGAUCCCAGUACCUUCAACAUCAGUAUGCAAUAUCCCGUCACCUUGACAUUCCAGCAAACAAAUAUGCAAGGCUGUUUAAUUUGAAUGAAAAUAAGAUUAUAAAUUUAACCGACUUCAGGUUUCAUGGAAGGCUACAUAUGAUAACUAUGGAUAGUAAUGGUCUCCGCGAUAUAGGUGGAGACUGUUUUGUGUUUGUGUCAGAUUUACAAUAUAUCGGAAUGGCAAAUAACCAGUUGACCUCACUUCCGGCGCUUCUAUUCAAGGGUUUAUAUUCUCUUCGACUAUUAGAUUUACAUAACAAUACUAUCAGUGAUUUGCAAUUUGGUCUUUUCCGCGAUUUGAAAAACCUGAUACACUUGAAUCUGGCUUCAAACCAACUCCGCAGCCUGCAGGUUGGUCUUUUUGAGAACUUGACAAGUCUUCGUGAGCUCAUACUGGACGAAAACAGACUGACGUCAUGUGAUGGAUCUUUCCAGCCACACAAGUCAAUCUUUCUCCAACACCUUAGUCUGAACAACAAUCCUCUUCGUGAUAUACCUAUUGAUGUAUUCUACUCUCGAAGUAUAAAACGCGUCGAUUUGCGCAACACCACCAUUACGCUAAGCAGUUUCCCCGCGCUACUCCUCAAGUUAAAUCCAAGUCUAUUUGCUGCCAGUAUUGUUGAAUCUUCAAGUGACUCACAGUUCAAUAUUCUUAAACGACCGAAAGAAAUGAAAGAAAUCGACUUAACAGGGAGUAACGUCCGGGAGCUGAACCCUGGCGUUAACUUGGAUCAUCAGACUGCACAAAAACUUCUUGUCAUCCUCAUCCAUUACCAUUUAAAUCUUGACAAGAACCCUCUCAGUUGUGAUUGCGGUAUCAUACCACUGAUUAACUUUGUACACAAAUACAUUCAAAACGGAACAUUACGUCGGAGUGACUAUUAUUUCCGUGAGUGGAUGUGUGUCUACCCGCAAGAAUUUGGCGGAAGGCGGCUACUUGAGGUAAAGGAGGAAGAAACGUAUUGUAGGGUGAAUGUUUCGUUGUGUCCAGAUACCUGCCUCUGUUACGAGCGGGUAACGUCCCUAAUCAUCAUAGUUGACUGUCGCGAAACAAAUAUGAUGGCUCUGCCUCUGCGUCUACCACAAGGCGUAUUGGAUCUCUGGUUUCAAAGGAAUAACAUAACGCGGAUUGAAACCAGAAAUUACCUCCACCGUGUCCGUACGAUGACUCUCAAUUCAAAUCAGAUAAGUCGUGUCGCCGGAAAGGCGGUGUUACAAUUGAAUAUCAUUGAAAACCUCCACCUGUCCUCCAAUAACCUUAUCGGUCUGCCAGAGCAGAUCCAACACCUCCAGUUGUCGAAACUGACCGUCAGUGACAACCCGUUCUCGUGUGAUUGCCACUCCCUGUGGAUGAGGUCGUGGAUCGAACGUAACAAGGACGUGGUGAUAGACUCCUCAACACUGACCUGCAACACACAGAUAGGAACGGCGAGGCCUUUACUUAAGGUUCCCACUUCUGAGUUUGUGUGUAAACAGGACUUCGACACAAGGAAACACGUGAUCAUUCCAGCCACUGUAUCAUCUCUCUCUGUAAGCCUCGUCCUCGUCGUCAUUGCACUUGUCUGUAUUUAUAGAUUUGAAGUGAAAGUAUUUCUCUACAUUUAUCUUGGUUUUCGUCCAUUCGACAGUGCGAAAACGCUACAGAAGAAAGCGUUCGACCUUGUCAUCAUUCUCUCCUCGAAUACACAAGAAUGGGUGAAUAAAAACGUGUUACCUUUACAGGAAACCAAUGGAAGCAACUUGCAUUUCGUAGACAUUUGUAAAGACUUAAUGGCAGGCUUUUCUGUUCAAGAAAACAUCACUUGUCUUAUAGAACAGGCGCGACAAGUCAUGUUUGUUCUCUCUGGAGACUUUAUAGACGACGACAGGUUACAAAUGGCUUGGACAGGGACAAGGAACAGGAUAGUCGAGAGCGGGGUGGGUUUCAUACAGUUUGUAACAGACGGCGUCUCCAUCUCGGAUAUAACAGACUCUGAUAUGUUAAUGGUGAUGAAGAAAACUCAUGGGCUCACUACCCAGGAGCGAUUUAUCAAGAAAAAAUUACUUUAUAUUAUGGAAUUUGACAAAUCUUCAACGAACAAGUGUACACAACCUGAGUUACGUAGUAUAAUCGAGAAAAGAAAUGUUUCUAAGUGCCAGACACAAAAUAAGGAAAUCUGUGAUAUUUUUCUUACUUAUUCAGACGAAAGUCGAACAUUUGCUUUGCGUGAAUUAUACCCUCACCUGGAGGCGGAAGGAUACAGCAUUUCCAUGCCAGAUAAAGACUUUACCCCAGGUGUGGCUAAGGAUGAUAAUAUUAUGAACUACCUGUAUGCGUCUUACCACACACUCUUCGUUAUGUCGACGACCAAAUUUGAUGACGAAUGGGCACUGUUUACGUUUCGUGAGGCUUUACAGCGUUCACGGCGAGACAAAUACAACCAUCUCGUCAUUGUUCUUACCGAUGGUAUACAAAACGAUACUAUAGAGGACGAGGAGCUCCGACACUACCUUAAGUCCCACGUUACUUUAAGUGUAGGUGAUGAGGACUUCGAACGGAACCUUCGACGUUGUUUACGACCCCCUCUUUGUAUCCUUGAUAAAGACAUCACUGUUAAAUUCACUGAUGACAUCGUUUUAGAUUUAUGAAAUCAGAGUUUAGAAGCUCAUUUCUGUAUCAUCGCCGUUUAAAUGUCCUUCUGUGAGUGUCACAUGUUACCACUAUAUGAUACCACUUGUCCUGCGUAUAGAGCAUAAUUUCAAGUUCUACAACUUUUGUGAGGUAGAGAAUUUUGGGAAUAGAUGUGGUAAACCCAUGUUUAAUUGAACAGGAUACAAAUAGUACGUCUACGUUUAGUUGACUCUGACAUUGAUAUAUGUGUGAAUGCAUGAUUAUGGUGUGUUGACUACAGUGCGUGUUUAAAAGUAUAAGUUUACGUAUGUCAUUAUGCGUGCGUGCGUAAUAACUAUGUGUCAUAAACGUCACUUUGUAGUUUUGUAAUCUUCAAUCACCUUCAAGUUAAAUGUAUAUUUUCAAUUUUACCGGAUGAUAAAAUUGUUUUUAAUUCUUUUCAAUUUUUAUAUAUGUAUGUUCAACAUCAAGUACGUCACGCGUUAAAUAAGGCAACAGUUCAAGUGAUGUCGGGUGGCACAGGGGAUAGUGCAAAGCGACGGGGUUUCGAUUACCCGAAAGGACUUGAAAGGUUUGGGGUCACCUGCCCGAUCAUGUGGACUUUCGCCGGGUACUCCAGUUUCCUUCCGCACUAAGACCCUGCGCGCCAACAAGAGUGAUCAAUAUAAGUUUAAAUCACUUGUUUCAUAAUUGUUGUGAAAUAAACAAAGUUUA